AUGACAGAAAAAUCGCCUGCAGUUUAUGAAGACCCUACAGGUACUAAGGGAAAUGCUGAAUCUACAUGUAUUAACUACCAUCAAACACCAUCGGUCAGUGACAUUUUACCAACCGACACUCCUACUGCUGAAAAAUCGCCUGAAGUUUAUGAAGACCCUACAGGGUCAAAGGGAAACGCUGAAUCUACAUGUAUUAACUACCAUCCAACACCAUCGAUCAGUGAAAUUUUACCAACCGACACUGCUACUGCUGAAAAAUUGUCCGCAGUUUAUGAAGACCCUACAGGGUCAAAGGGAAAUGUUGAAUACACAGAUAUUGAGUAUUUAGAGGCUACAAGUAUAGAAAAGGAUAAACUAUUGUGUUUGGAAAAUUCUGAAUCUACUCAAUUAGAUCUUUUGGAGGAGAAUACUUCUGAAGAUUUUUUUGAAUUAUCAGCAGCCUCAACUUGGAAAAAUGAUCCCUUUUUGUUAAUAAAAAUUAAGCAUUUUACACCAGAAAUUAUAAGUAUGAUUGUGGAAUGGGGACCAUGUCAGCCAACUUCUGAUUUUCUACCAAAUAAAGAAUUUUUAAAAGACAAAGAUGGACGGCAUUUUCAUGCAGGAUGGUCAGUGAAACGUGUAAACACUACUCGUUGGAUGUCACAUGCCUAUGCCUUAAAUACCGUACUUGAUGUUUACGAUGCAGUUUAUCAAACAAUAGAAGAAGUAAGAAAUAGAGACGGAGGAUCGGAUUUCAAACUUGGUGCUGAUUGUAAUGGACUGCUUAGCUACUUGACUUCUUAUAGGUUUUUAAUGACAGCUCUUAGUUUUAAAAAAAUAUUUGAAAUACUUGAACCAUUAACCCGUACAUUACAAGCUCGUGACAUAGAUAUUUUAGCAGCGAUGUAUUUAGUUAAUAGUGCUAAAGAGUCCAUAGUGGCACUGAGAACUGAAGAAACAUUUGAAAAUAUUUUGAUAUUAGCUAAAGAAUUUGAUGAUAAGUAUGAGAAUGAGGAAUUUGAGCCAUUGCGGACAACAAGAAAACGUAAAGUUAGAAAAAUGGCUGGGGAAUUAUGUAGUGAUGAAGUUGAACAAAAUCCUAUUCAAAAGUUUAAGGUAGAUACUUAUUUUGUAGCAUUAGAUAUUAUUGAAACACAAAUUAGUCAAAGAUUUACUAAUAAAACUAUUGAAGUAAUGAAAGAUUUUGCUUUAUUAUCAACCAAACGUAUAAAAGAAUUAAACCCAAAAAGCAUUCCUAUAGAUGCAUUUAAGGCUGUUUGUUUGGUAUAUAAUACAUUAUUAAAGUUAGAAGAUGUCCGUAGGGAGUAUGAACAGUUUAUAAAUUGUGAUUUAAUUGUUAAUGAAACUUUACCAUUGUAUCUGCAUCCUAAUUUAAAUGAUGACAAUUCAAGUUUGAGCUCUAACGAUUCAAACAGUGACGAUACUACAUCUGAACAAUUAAGAAGGUGGCAAAAUUCAUCAAGUUUAAUGUGCGUUUUUCAAGAUUUCUGUAAAGCUGGUCUAAAAUCUAUAUUCCCAAGUUUAUUUAUGCUUAUAAAAAUUGGAGUGACUAUUCCAGUAUCAAGCUGUUCCCCAGAGAGAUCUUUUUCCAAAUUAAAAUUAAUAAAAACUCGUUUAAGAAGCACAAUGGGGGAAGAUAGAUUGGAAGAUCUGAUGCGUAUCACCUGUGAAGCUGAUAUACAGUUAGAUUCAGAAACAAUAAUAGACAACUUUGCGACAAAAUCUACAGUUUUAAAUAAAAAAUUAAAAUACUAA